AUGACGUCAUUCCGUCUCUACCAGGGGUCGAUCGUGACGUACGCGCAUAAAGUGUGUACACUGCAGGUCAGCUCGUGCAUCACUUCCACCGUACAUUUCUCACGCGAGGUCUCACGAGCUUCUCUGCUUCUUCCUGCAGGAGAAACCUUGCACACACUUGCUCUCCGAUGCAACGUCAUGUACGGAGAACUGGACCCUUACUUCGUCAUCAACGCCCUUAAAGCCGCCAAGAAGUACAGAGGACAGCUGCCCCAGGUGGGAGACGGUAGCGCCCUCUUCCAGCAAGCGUAUGUCGGCAACGCCGCGUGGGCGCACGUCGUCGCCAUCGACGCGCUACGGCGGCGCCCCCUGCUGGGUGGCGGCAUCUACUUCAUUCCGGACGACACGCCGCUGGGGAGUCUAUAUGACUUUGUGCGACCGUUCCUCGAAUCGCGUGGUUACGGAGUCUCUAACUACCGCCUGCCCUUCUUCCUGACAUACUACGCUCUCAGGGCGGUCGAGCUCGGCUGCCCGCGAUCUGGCUCGUCAGCCCCCUCUGGCGGGUGGAACUCGGUGGCGGAGACUCACGCAGUCUGUUCUACACGAACAUGAGUCUGUACUUCGAUGGCGCGAAGGGAAGGAGAGAGCUGGAGUACGAGCCAGUCUACACUGCGGCCGAGUCGUUGGAAGCUUCGCUGAAGUAUUACAAAGAUUGUGAGCUGAUGAACCAGCGGAGAAAAGAAGGAGGAGAGAGGAGCAGCAGAAGAGAGAGAGAGAGAGAGGAGAGAGAGAGAGAGAGA